GAAACAGUUUCGCAAUAACAGUCGGACGUAGUAGUUAGUAGAUUGCUAUUCUAGCUCAUUGCUUGUUUCGGUUUCAAUAAUUGUGCACUUGAAUACUAAAAUGUCCCAAAAAUAUCUCAGAGAAUUAUUUUUAUAAUUCCAUUAUUUGUAAAGCUUAUUGGUUACACUUAUUUCAUGCAAAAUGUAUGCAAAAUAAAAACAAAGUUCAAGAUUUUAUGAAAUUCAACCCGUUUAUGAGAUUAGAAAUUACCUUUCUAUUUCCACACUUUGUGUUUACAAACUUGUGCUUAGACCCCAUCAUGGAUAAGCCACCAGAAAUAAUCGAUCUAGCCAAAAUUGUUGAACCCCACCUUGAAAACGAUGGAAAGCUGAUAUCUUAUUCAAGUCGCUACUUAACCAAACCUGGUGAUAACUAUGGCAGUGUUAUGCUUUCCAUCACUGCAGAAAUCAAACACACCAACGAUGGACAUACCGAAAAACUACCAUUAGUUGCCAAACUACCACCACUUACCAAUGAAAUGUUUUGGACUCUUUUCAAUCCCGUAGUAACAGCGCUGAGAGAGAAUGCAAUUUAUGAAAAAGUUUCACCUAGUCUUCGUCAACUUCAGCUUGAUAGUGAAAUACCAGAAUCUGAGAUUAUUGAUGUUUUUGCCAAGCAUUAUGGUUGUCGAAUAUCUCUAGAUGAAAAUGCAACAAUUCUCGAUCGAAAUGCAGUACUGGUCUUGGAGAAUUUACAAAUAAGUGGCUAUCGACCUGGAAAUCGACGAAUAAUGUUUGAUUACGAUCAUACAAUGUUGGUUUUGAAAUACCUUGCUAACUUUCAUGCCUUACCAAUUGCACUACGACAAAAACAACCGACAAAAUUUCACAAUGAUAUUUUCUCGAAUUUUCGACGAUACGACAUAAGCAAGGAAAUGACGCCAGAAGUGGAGACGGAUUUUAAGGAGCAAGUUUUUGAAGAAGUCCGGCAAGCGUUAGGAGAUGAUAUAAAAGCUUAUUUCAGGUACUUAGAGUUGGUUAAGAUGUAUCAUGAAUUUAUGGGUAAUCCUGAAGAAUGUGAAGAUGGGUUGUUUACAACUAUUGCGCACUACGAUCUAUGGACUAACAACAUUAUGAUAAAGUACGAUCAAUUUGGAGCACCAGACAAGUUGAAAAUUGUUGAUUUUCAAAUAACACAAUACGAGUCCUUAAUGCACGAUCUAAUAUUCUUCCUUCUAACGAGCGUUGAGACAUCACUUGUCGAAGAUCACUUUUACGUUCUGCUGAGUUGUUACUAUUCUGAGUUUAUAAAAUGUCUUGAAAGAACCAAAUGUAAAACAGAUGAAUAUAGUUUUGAGAAGUUUUUGGCAGAAAUGGAACGUAUUGCUCCUGUGCAAAUACAUCAUGCAGUUUUUAUGGCAAGAGUUCUAUUAGCAGAGGAAACAAGUUUACCUGAAGAUUUCAAAGAUAUCGACUUGGCAAUGCUUAAAAAACCUCCAUCUACAGCUCUUUUGCAAAAAUUACGUGAUAUAGUGAGAUUGGCCCAAAAAUUUGAAUUCUUUUGGUAGAACAGUAUUAAUAAUGAUAUAUGUGAUAUUAACAUUAAGAUGAAUAGCAAAUAAAAAUUGAAUUGUGUCUAACACAUAA